CUAUCUCAGAUGGCUACAUCUACGCCCCUAAAAGAAGUAUUACUGGUUGGGUUUGGCGCUGUAGGGGCAAUGUAUUCCCUCAUCAUCAAACGCAGUGGCCUUGCCAGAGUGACAGCGGUCGCAAGAAGUAAUUUCGACCUCGUCGCAAGAAACGGCAUACAUAUCAAGAGUAAGAAGUAUGGGGAUAUUCUUGGGUGGAAGCCAGACAGACUUUGCCAAUCCGUGUCUCAAGCUGCUGAUCAGCCGUACGAUUAUGUUGUUGUUACAACCAAAGCUGUACCAGAUCUUGUUCAGACAUCGCAGAUCCUCACACCGUUACUUUCUCCUCCAUACACCGACAUCCAUCCUCAGCCUUCAUAUGUGAUCUUGCAGAAUGGAUUGAAUGUGGAAGUAGACUUAUAUCGUACGAUCAAGAGACUUGGACAAGGCGAACCGAAGGUCAUCGGUACCGCGUUGUAUAUCGGAACCAACCUUUUAGCACCGGAUGUUGUUGAGCAUAACGACUUUGAUCGUGUAAGUUUGGGAAUCUAUCGCCAUAAUGAUUAUACUACAUCCGAGAACUCACCUGAAGAAGCCGACAUCCUGAACGGAAUUGCAGAGGUUCUAGAGAAAGGUGGAAGUACAGUCAAAAUAGUCCCAGAGAUCCAAAGAGUCAAGUUCUCCAAAAAUUUCUGGAACGUGGCGUUCUCUUCAUUCUCAACCCUUACCGACUACACGCUUCCGGCAAUCUUUCGUCCUCCUCCCAGCGCUUCCAUCGCUUAUACGCCUUACGUCUCCCCUAAAACUGCCGCCCUCGUUGAACAAUAUACUAUACCUACUAUAGAAGCGAUCUUACUGGAGCUCAUAGCCUUAGGUCGAGCAUUAGGAUUCCCCGAUAGCGAAGAAGGAAUACCGACCAUUCACGUUCAGCGAACUAUAGACAACACAAGAAAACUUCACAUGAGUCCUCAAAGUGUACACAAACCAAGUAUGCUACUUGACGCGCAACGAGGCCACCCAAUCGAAGUCGAGGUCAUAUUUGGCGAGGUGGUGAGGAUGGCAAGAGAAAGAGACAUCCCUGUCCCGCGAAUCGAGACUUUGUACGCACUGUUGCUGGUGGUGCAGAACCAAAUUAUACGCACGACGGAGAGUUCGAGGUUGUGAAGGUUGCAUGGUUGCUUGAAUACAUGGUGGGGCCGUCCGGUUACAAAUCUCGCAUGGCUGGUGGUUGUCUUGUACAAUGUAUCUUUUGAUUUGAAGAGGAAAAACGGUUUGGCCGUCCGCAGGAACGGAAUUAGCUCUAAAUUGAUCUACUCUCAUUACAUCUGUGUUGAAGAGAUCAGUACUAUGGAUACAUUGCUGUGUCUCUACCUAGAAAUGACAUUGUCUCGUAUCUCA